AUGACUACUAUUGAAAAAAUUAAAGAAAUAGAAGAUGAGAUGGCACGUACUCAAAAAAACAAAGCCACUGCUAAACACCUUGGCCUUUUAAAAGCUAGAUUAGCAAAAUUAAAACGUGAACUUAUAACUCCUAGUGGAAGCAAUGGAGGGCCAGGAAUUGGGUUUGAUGUUGCAAGAACAGGUGUUGCAUCAAUAGGAUUUAUUGGAUUUCCUUCUGCAGGAAAAAGUACAUUAAUGUCUAAACUUACGGGAACAUAUAGCGAAGCAGCUGCAUAUGAAUUUACUACUUUAACUACUGUUCCUGGUAUACUUCAAUAUAAAGGUGCCAAGAUUCAGAUACUAGAUUUGCCUGGUAUUAUUCAAGGGGCAAAAGAAGGAAAAGGUAGAGGUCGACAAGUUAUUGCCGUUGCAAGAACCUGUAGUCUUAUUUAUAUAAUUCUUGAUAUUCUUAAACCUCUUACAGAUAAAAAAAUCAUUGAAGACGAACUUGAAGGAUUCGGAAUUAGAUUAAAUAAAAAACCUCCUAUGAUUACACUUAAAAAAAAAGAAAAAGGAGGAAUCACAAUAUCUAAUACAGUUACAUUAACAAAUAUUGAUUAUGAUGAAAUUAAAGCAAUAUUGGGAGAAUAUCGUAUUAAUAAUGCAGAUAUAACUUUUAGAUGUGAUGCUACAGCGGAUGAUCUUAUAGAUGUUAUUGAGGGAAACAGGAUGUACAUUCCUGCUAUAUAUGCUCUUAAUAAGAUUGAUCAAAUUUCUAUAGAAGAGCUUGAUUUACUCUAUAAAAUCCCACAUGCAGUACCUAUUUCAGCACAACACGGAUGGAAUUUUGAUGAAUUACUUGAAAAAAUGUGGGAACAUCUUGAUCUAAUAAGAGUAUAUACGAAACCCAAAGGAUUACCGCCUGAUUAUUCUGAUCCAAUAGUUUUAAAAAAAAAUGCAAGUUCAGUAGAAGAUUUUUGUAAUGCUAUUCAUAAAUCCAUAUUCAAACAAUUCAAACAUGCAUACGUAUGGGGUAACUCUGUAAAACAUAAUCAUCAAAGAGUUGGCGCCAGUCAUAUAUUACUAGAUGAAGAUGUGUGUACUAUUAUUAAAAAAUAA